UUUCACUUUCUACUUUUCUAUAGUAUAUUUAUUCGAAGUUAAAAGCGAAUCAACCAUGGUAUACCCGUCGAAUCCACGGCUAAUGAAUCGGGUCUUGGAUGCCGUGGUGCAUUUGUGCGAUGGUAAAGGAUCUACAGCUCGAGAUGUCCUCGAUUAUCUUCGACAAACUUCCAAGAGUACGCCGAGGAACUUGACGAUGCAGGUUCAUCGGGCGUUGAAGCAUGCGGUGAAUGCCGGUUUGUUGCGGCACAGAAGUGGUCGUUACAAGGCAGUGUUCACGUUAAAUCCAGCUCCGAUUAAACAGUCCGUGAACGAGAGUAACGAGCAAAAAUCGAUCAUUGAAAUGAACAUGCAGCAGAGACCAUCAAGCGUCAAAAUGAUUAAAGAGGACAACAACAACAGACGGAAGCGAAGAAAAUCACGUCAGGAAAGAAAACGAAAAAACAAUAAUCAAAGAAAACGAAAACACCACAGUAGGUCGAAAAAGAUUGACGAGCUGAAGAAAAAUAUCAGCGAGAUACGAAAGCUCAAGUACAAAGAAAAUGAAAGUGGCCGGUCACCGCGAAACAAAAUUUCGACUAGCAAAAUGAGAGAAAAUAUUGGAAACCCGUCAGGUUCGUCUGCUCGUAAAAAGAGCGAUUUGAGACCAAGAGAUUCUAACAACUAUAGUGACUUAUCAGACUCGAGCGAUUAUGAGGAUAAAAAGGUUAAAGUGACAAGGAAAAAUAUGCCAACAAUGUGCGACGAAUAUAAAUACGAAGGAAAUGUAAAACAAAAUAGAAGAUCGAUUUCGCGGAAUCGAAGCCCCCAAAGACAAAAAUCUCAGCAAUUGCACAAAUAUUUUAACGAUAUUAACAAGACAAAUAAACCAAAUAUUGCUGAUAUUGAAAAAAACGAGGAGGCUCAAGAAGAAGAAAAAAACGAACCUAAUAACAGUGGAAGUGGUAGCACAUUGUGAAAUUGUUGAAUCAUGUUAGACUAUGAUAAUCGAUCGUAAAUUCCUUUUUUUUUAAAUAUAUUUUUUACAUCGAUGUCGUACAAAAUUCUUAAUGAUAUUUUAUUCUGUACGUUUUAAAUCUUUGUAGCAGUAUGUAGUUUAAAUACAUACAUUAUCUCAGUAGGGAAAUGGGCAAAUUGUUGGAUUUAUUAAAAAUUUGUAAUAUUUUUUAAUAAUUUAUAUGUUAUAUCAACAUUAUAAUAAUAAAUUUAGAAAAAUUUGGAAAAUUUGAAAAACUUUGCAAAAAUAUAAUUCAAAUGAUGCUAAUCUUUGAAUUCUUUCAACAAAAGAAUAAUUUAUGAUGGGAAUAACUUUCAAAAUAAUUGUGACAUCAUAAAUAUAGAAAAAAAAAAUAUGUUUAAAUUUAUAUAAUGCAAAUUCAGAAAAAUUUAAAACUUUGAAAAAGUAUAUUUCAAGUUAAUUCCAAUAAAAAAAAUUAUACGUGUAAUCAAAUAUCCAGAUGUCAAAUAAUGAAGAAAUUUUUUUUAUCCUCGUGAAUCAUAUCAUGAUGAUGACUAUCAUCUUUUAAAAGAAUAUUUCCCAACAAUAGUGGAAAAGCCUGGAAGCAAAACAUUUUUCAACGUAGCAUGACUAAAGCUUUCUGCUGUUUAUCGGUUUAGCCAAUGGCGUUUUUCUUGUUGUGCAACUUCUCGAUACAAAUUUUUUAUCAUGUACUUUUUUCUUUAAAUCUUUAAAUUAUACUUAGAUUAAAAUCAUAAAAUUGUAUUUCAAAAUUGUGCAUAAUUGUAUUACUUAAUUUAUUAUUUAAACUCGAUUUGAGCGUUUAAUUAUUAAAUCUUAGUUAUUAAAUGUUAUUGAAUAACAAUAAGUAUUUCUUUUCGAUUAUUAAGAUAUUUAUUAACGAUAGGAAAUCAUGAUGGAUGCAGAGUUGAUGGAUUCAAUUUCGAAAUGAAGUUAAUAACAGUAUUGAAUUUUGAGUAUUAAAUUUCAGUAUUAUUUUAACAUUUUAUCAUAUUGACAUGCUAAUCUCUAUCUUAUAGCCACUUUGAUACAUUGGUUUAUUGAAAUAUUAUUCGAAUUAUUAUUGGAUAUACUUUCAAUAUUAAUUUAAAUUAAUGAAUUAUAACAAUUAUUCGAAAAUUAUCGAAUUAAUUACUUGAUUAAAUUCUAUUUGAUCAAUGACAAAGUAGUAAAUUGUGCAAAUUCUAAUUUCUAAUAAAUUACUUAAGGAAUAUGUGUAAUAAUGAAAUAAAUAAUUCGAAUUAAUAGAAA